AUGUGCGCUAAAAGUUUGACUUCUAUUUCUCCUGUAUUUCCCACAACAGUUGUGAAGAGGCGUGUAGUGAAGCUGAUCGUUAAUUUCCUGUUUUACUUUCGGACCGACGAGGACGAGCCCAUCGGCGCUCUGCUGCUGGAACAGUGUCGCGUGGAGAGAGAAGACGAUCAGGUUUUCUCCAUCGUAUUUCUGGACGAGGCCGAGAGGAAGUAUCUGUUCGAAUGCGAUUCUCAGGAACAGUGUGUCGAGUGGAUCGAUGCCGUCGUUAAAGCCAGUUAUGAAUUCAUGCGCAAGAACCUGAUCUACUAUCGCACAGAAAUCCAUCGGCUGACCGGAAAGGACCCGCUGGAGCAGUAUGGGAUAUCAGACGAAACACGCUUUCAGGUCAACAGUGGUCUGCCUCCUGCGGCCACAUAAACGCACGCAGUCGUCCGCUUUCUCUGCUGUCUGGGCUUUUUGCUUGUUUUUUCAGGUUUUUCCUUCUUUUACGGUCUGCCAGUAUGCAUCACUGUACAUUCUGACCUCGGUCAUCUUUUAUUUUAUUGUUUUUGUGAGUUAUGGGGGAAAUGCAUAAUAUUACUGUAAUGAAUGUCUGCGGAGUUUGAGCCAAAUGCAAUUAAAGUUUCUUCCCAAAAUCAAGGUCAUUGUUAAUGAGGACAAACUGAACUGGGUCGCCUUUUAAAAACUGAUUCCGGCACCUUUAUUGCCUUUUAUAACUGUGCUGUUAAAGUUUAUGCAUUAUAGUUUCACCCAAAGUGCAUCCAGCUUUUAUCGAAAGCAUUAAAGCCUUCCAGUGAAUCAGACCGGAGCGUUUUUACAGUUUCUGUAAAACAUUUGAGCUGCUUUGAUUUUUCUUUCUUAUUUCA